UGGCCGGCGGAGGAGCUAAGCCCCGACUUGCCUCCUCUUGGCAGCGCUAUAUAAGGCCCGGCCCGGCCCGACUCGGCCCAGAUACCCGCCGCCGGAGUCCGGCGUGUGGGCUGGACAAGGGCACCGAGGCAAAUGUGCAAUACCAAGAUGUCGUCCCUUACGGAUGCCUCUUCUGUCACCACUUCGGAGCAAGAGGUGCUGGUUAAACCAAAGCCACUAUUGUUGAAGUUGUUGAAGUUAGCUGGUGCAGAAAAGGACACUUUUACUAUGAAGGAGGUAAUAUUCUAUCUUGGACAAUAUAUUAUGUCUAAACAAUUAUAUGAUGAAAAACAGCAACAUAUUGUACACUGUGCAAAUGAUCUCCUGGGGGAUUUAUUUGGAGUAACAAGCUUUUCAGUAAAAGAACACAGGAGACUAUAUUCAAUGAUUUCCAGAAAUCUGAUAGCAAUCAAUCAACAAGACUCUAUGCUUGCUGACACACCUGAGGAUGAUGCCAGAUUUCAGCUUGAAGAAGAAAAUGUUCUAAAGGAAUCUAUGCAAGAGUUAGAAGAGAAGCAGACUUCAUCAAAUGUGACUUCCCGACCAACUACAUCUUCUAGGAGGAGAACGCACAGUGAAUCUGAAGAAAAUGCUUCAGACGAUCUGCAUAGUGACAGAAGAAAACGACACAAGUCGGACAGCAUUUCGUUGACGUUUGAUGAAAGCCUCUCAUGGUGUGUAGUCAGUGGUCUGUGCCGUGAAAGAAGCAAUAGCAGUGAUUCAACAGAUUCUCUCUCCAUUCCUGAUCUUGAUGCCAGUUCAUUAAGCGAAAACUCUGAUUGGUUUGACCACAGUUCUGUUUCAGACCAGUUCAGUGUAGAGUUUGAAGUUGAGUCUAUUUAUUCAGAAGAUUAUAGUCAUAAUGAAGAAGGACAGGAGCUCACAGAUGAAGAUGAUGAGGUAUAUCAGCUGACUAUUUACCAGGAUGAAGAUAGUGAUGCUGAUUCAUUUGACGAAGAUCCAGAGAUUUCUCUAGCUGAUUAUUGGAAGUGUCCCGAAUGUAGCGAAAUGAAUCCUCCGCUGCCACGACAUUGCCACAGAUGCUGGGCCCUUCGUGAGGAUUGGCUUCCAGAUGAAAAGAGCGAUAAAUUGGUAAAGAGCAAAUUAGAAAGUUCCCUCCCCCUAGAGUCUGAAGAAGGUUUUGAUGUUCCUGACUGCAAGAAAGUGAAAAUGACUGAAGAUAAAGAACCAGCUGUAGAGGAGAAUGAGGAUAAAGCAGUACAAAUUUCUGAGUCUCAGGAAAGUGAAGAUUAUUCUCAGCCUUCGACGUCAAGCAGCAUGUUUUGUAGCAGUCAGGAGGACUAUAAGGAACCCGAGAAGAGAGAAAUGGCAGACAAAGAGGAAAGCAUGGAAUCCAGUCUGCCUGUUACCAGCAUAGAGCCCUGUGUCAUAUGUCAGAGCAGACCUAAAAAUGGCUGCAUAGUACAUGGCAAAACGGGACACCUCAUGUCAUGUUUUACGUGCGCAAGGAAACUUAAGAAGAGGAACAAACCCUGUCCGGUGUGCAGACAGCCCAUACAAAUGAUUGUACUAACUUACUUCGGUUAGAUGGACGUUGGCUGGUGAGCAGCAAAAGGAACUUCAUAAACUGGUUGAGAGAGUAAGAAACUAUUUUUGUAUGUGUAUUGGAAAAUAAUAUUUUGGGUCUCUUCACAUUUGGUAUGAAAAGUAAUUGCUGAAAUAAAUGUGCUGGAGUUGUUAGGAGGUUAGCCUAAUACUUGUAAGUCAACUUGAAGAUUUUAAAUCCCUCUCAACAAAAAUGACCAAUUCCUGUAAACUACCUGCCUUUCUGCGUGCUUUAUGUUCCAUACAAGAUAGUGACAUUUGUUUUACUGGAUUCAAUGCACACAUUUAAAAACCCAAAUUCAAUGAUUAUGAGAGGAGAGACAUGUUGAAGAGUUCGUUAAUGUGAGUUUCUCCUCUCAAGAAGAUACUGGAAUCUGGAGAACCUUGUAUCUGUUGCCUGGUGAAGACACCAGGCUCAAUCGGAACCCUCUGAAUAAGUCAAUAAAAUAGAAUUUUGUCUCCCUCAUUCCCAAAACUUAAAUUCCUCCGAGUAACCAAAUUACAGGGGAGAUCUUACGAUAGAAAAACACGUAAGGUUUUGGAAAUAGAAAAGGGUAUUGCGUGUCUUUCACAGUGUGCAUUGUAAACUUCAGGGCUGUGUGUGUCCUGAGAAGUCAUUGGUCCAAGUUCAGUCUUACAGUUAUCUCUUAAACAUCCUGAGAAACUGGCUUUUAAAAUGCUUUGUGGGUUUGGAGGUCUGUACUAUCCUCAUUAUUUUAGCAGUGUGAGAAAAGACUUGAACAGGCGAGACAAAUGAAGGAGGUGCUGUGUAAUGUCAAGUCGGGUAAUAGUAGGGGACAACCUUACUCUUUCUGCACUUGUUUUUGGCUUCAGCAGUAUAGCAUGCAGCUUCAUCACUACAUUCGCUUGAAUAAAAAUAGGGAGGAAAAAAAAGUCCACCUCCAUCUGCAGAAACAAGUAAGUUGUGUAGUUCUAGUUCACAUAGACAUUCUUUAAAUUCAGUAGUCUUUCCAACUUAACGCUGUUUUUCAUCUGUAUCACAAGAAUUCUGAAAAUGUGUUGCAAGGUGUUUGGCCAACUGAAAAUUGGUCGCAUUGGACCUGUCCUUUACUGCUUUUAGCUCUUGUCUCCUCACUGUACUUGUCAGAAACUUUGUGAAACUUACCAGGUUCCUUAUUAAGGAGUCUACUGACUCAGUUCUGUGGUGCGUUCAGAGUAGUAUAAAAAUACCUUAGCUUACAAAAAUAUUCUCACAUGUAUCUUCAGGGUUUAGUUAGAUGACUCAUCUGAGCUGUUUUUCAGAUGGAGAGUUUCUGUACCAGUGUGUGUGUAUUUAUUCCUUUGGAAGACUAGAUUACAAGAGGAAUUGUAUGGUUUCAGCGCCUUUUAAUUUUACAGAUAGCUGCUGAUCAUCUGCCCGACAGAGAAUGGCAAAUAAGUAGUUUCAGCGUCAGGGGAGUGCCAAGAAUGGAGACCUAGCCUAAAUGCAGGAAUUGUGCUGUGUUGCCAUCCUGCAGGCUGAGGUCAAACAGCUUGCUUAACACCACCAGUACAAAACUGUUGAUGCCUGUGCGCUAGCACAGAGACUUUUACCGCUAUAAUUGCCUUCAUGUCGGAGCUGAAGUAGUUACUCUAGUAUAAAGUGUCUGUAAACCGGGGCUGCAAACGCCUUGGAAUACAAGGAAGCGCCUAGGAAAAGGAUGUAAAGCUGUACAGGAGAGACUCUGUAAACCUUUGGUUGUUACUUGCCUGCAAAGAAAUGCCUUCCUAGGUAAAGACUGAAUUACCAGGAUCAGUCACGAUUUGUUUGUACACUUGAGCUCAUUUUUGAAAAAUGCUACUAAAAGAUACUGGUGUCUCUGAAGUUUUACCAUGAUUAAUUUUAACUGAACAAAAUGUAACCCCCAGCUGUAUAUGUUUCUUCAAAUUCUUACAGGCGAGUUUCUUGCCCCUUGCAAUUUGUAAAGCCACAGCAGGUAGCUGGAGGUUCUAGAAGUUCUUUGGUCAGCAGUAACCUUUCAUGGGUUUCAUGGGGUUUGAUAAUCCUUCAGCCCGAGAUAGAGAAAGUCCUGUGGGCAGAUGCUUAAAUUUUUCAAGUAGGGAUGCUUCUAAUAGAUGGUUACCUGCCUUAAUUCACACAUCCUUAAUUUUUGAUUUGGUAGACUUCAGUGCAGUGAAGCUUGCAGAGGCUCUUCCAUUGCACCUGCAGGUCAGAACCCAAUAGCGGUCAUAUCGCAGUCUGGAAUCGGCAGCUGAGAGAGGAUUGUGGACAUGUAUAUGCAGGAGAAGCAUUGAUAACCUGGGGGCCGUACUUAAAAAGCUUUGUCCAUUACAUCAUCUCCUGCGUCUUACGCUUUUUCAGUGCGAUACCUUCUCUGCGGUCACUGUGAUGGUUGUGUAACUGCGGUCCUGGGAGAGCAGCUGUUCUUACCUAGUUCCUACUGGGACAAAGUGUACUGUCCCGCUCUUGGCAUUCUCUUUCACUUCCCUUAAGUGAUAUCUCUAUUUAAAAAAACAAAAAAACAAAC